CAACUCAACACUACACACUUAUAAUCCCCAAUUCUGGUUUCUUCUUACAUCUUCUCCAAAACAAUGCAUUUCUCUUUCCCGCCAAAAUCAAACUGAUGAGAGCCAAUCUCACCACCCUCCUCUUCCCAACCAUCCUCUUCUUCCGCUUCCUCUCCCCUUCGAAACCCGACCCCGAUCUCCUCCACGACUACUGCAUCGCCGACACCUCUGCGGCCGCCGCUCAGUCCUUCCACCUCAAUGGCCUGCCGUGCCUCGACCCCGCCCUUGCCCAGCCCUCCCACUUUGCCACUUCCGCACUUUCCAAAUCUACCAACCCCGCCGCCACCCUUUUCGGCUUCAACGUAACCCUCACCAAUCCUGCCACCUCCUUCCCGGGCGCCAACGCACAGGGCUUAUCCAUGGCGCGCAUCGACCUGGCGCCGGGGGGGCUCGCGCCGCCCCACGCGCAUCCGCGCGCCUCCGAAGUGACUCUCCUCCUCCAGGGCACGUUGGUCCUUGUCGGCUUUGUCGACACGUCCUACCGCCUCUACACGCAGCAGCUGCGCCCCGGCGAUGCCUUCGUCUUCCCGAAAGGUCUAGUCCACUUCUUGUACAACUUCGAUCCAGUGGCUCCUGCAGUGCUGCUUUCAGGGCUGAGCAGCCAGAGCCCCGGCGCGCAGCUCGCGCCCCUCGCGACGUUCCGGACGGAGCCGCAGAUAAUCGAGGACGUGCUCAAGAAGGCGUUCAAGAUCAACGGUCAGGACGUGCAGCGGAUUCAGAGGAAUCUUGGAGGGUAAUAAUAGUAAACAUGUCAAGGAUUGAUCAUUUGUUAGUUAUACUUUAUUAACUAAUAUUUGUAUAAACUCUUUUUUUUUAUUUAAUAAUAAUAAUAAGCAUGAAUGCAUAAAAGAAUCUAUUGGCUACGAUUCUAAUUUCUUUUUUCCCAA